UGUGCAAGACAAAAGUAUAAUAAUGAAUAAAUCAAUUAUUUUCAAUCCAAACAAUCACGAUCUCCACUGUUUUUUAGUGACUAAAAUUUCUGCUUGGAAGGGAAAAUACAAAAGAAUAUUUUCUGUUGGGAAUUUGGCAAUUACUACAUACAAUCCACAAUCUUUGGAAAUUACAAAUCAAUGGCUUUACGAAGACUUCUUUUCAAUCAACGUCGUUAACGAACGUCCACGACAUUCCAGUGCUGAUUCUAGUGCAAAUACUCGACAUGAAGAUCAAUUUAACAUCCAAGUUCGAAAAAAAGGAGGAAAGUCAGAUUCUAUGCGAUUUUCAAGUGAAUUUGCCCGUGAAAUUGUUACUGAAGCUUUGCGGUUUCAAAAUCGAUUUGCCUCUGAUAGGGCAGACCAAAAACCGAGAUUUCCUUGUCGAAAAAUUGGUUGGUCUGAAAAACCUCAAAAUUUAAUUUUGGAAAUCUCUGCUUGUUCAAUAAAUCAAUUGGAAGCAAAUACAAAUUCUUUGUUGAAAAAUUAUAAUUACAAAGAUAUUAGAUUAAUUAUUCCAUUAAAAGGAAGACAACAAGAUGCUUUUAUAAUUGAAUUGGGUGAACAAAGGAGAAGGGUAUUUUUUUGAUAAAUUUUUUUUGAAUUUUUAAAAUUAUUAUUGGGUGAUGGAUUUUGUUAAAGUUUUGGGUUAUCUCUUCUUUUUUUUAUUUUUCCGUAAAUCUCCUUUUCUCGAUAAUGCAUUCCUGUAAGCAGUUCAUAAUAGUUAGUAGGCUAGGAAUCAAACCGAACAACUGAGAAUUUUUAGCUUUAGUUCGAUUCUCGGUGUAUCUA